AUGCAACAUUUGAUGAAGAAGUUGGUAGAAGCCAAGCAUGUUCACUUUGAAAGGCAACAAGCUGAUUCAAGUGAGAUUAGGGAUCUCUUCUGGGCUCAUCCUGAUGCGGUCAGACUCUUCAACACAUUCCCUCAUGUGGUCAUCAUGGAUUGCACGUACAAGACAAACAGAUAUCAGAUCCCCUUGCUUGAAAUGGUUGGUCUCACUUCUACGGGGUUGACUUUCUCCAUAGAAUUUUGCUACAUAGUUAGGGAGCACACAAUUGACUAUGUUUGGUCCUUGGAGUGCAUGAAGUCUCUUAUUGCCGAUGAUGCCAGAUUACCUCAAGUGAUUGUGACUGACAGAGAUUUGGCUUUACUGAGUGCUGUUAAGCAAUGUCUUCCCAAUUUGAUGGAGAACUGGAAAUGCCUGAUAUAUGCUGAAACAGUGGAACAAUUUGAUGAGGAAUGGAAGGAAAUGUGUGUCAUGUGUAAGGACUACCCAGAUUUCAUAUCCUACAUUUCUACUACAUGGUUAAAGCACAAGGAGAAAUUUGUGAGUGCGUGGACCAAUUCUGUGUUGCAUUUUGGAACAACAACGAGUAACAGUGCACAUUCAACCUUGAAGAGGAUGCUGAAAGACGGCAGAGGUGACGUGUGCGCCUCGUGGGAUGCAGUUGAUAGGUUGACCACUGUACGACACAAUGAAAUCAAGGCAUCAUUUGAGCGCAGUAUCAACCUUGUAGAACAUCGUUUCAAGUCGCCCAUGUAUACAAAUAUCAGGGGAUUUGUGUCCAGAAAGGCCAUGCAACUCAUGGAAGAUGAACAGAACAGAGUGAUGCGUGAUGGUUGUGGAUGCGCGUUUCAAGUUACCCAUGGGCUUCCUUGUGCGUGUGCACUUCAUAGUUACGAUACAAUUCCGUAUGAGGCAGUCCACACUUUCUGGAAGAUACUUGGUUGGGAACAUGUACCCAUUGGGAGUCAAGCCUCAAACCAAGGAGACCUCCAGUCAGAGAUUGAUGACUUGACCGCUUAUUUCAACACUUUGGAUGUUGCGGGGCAAAGUAUGCUAAGGAGGAAGGUAAAGGAGCUUUAUUGUCCUUCUAGUAGUUCACUGUGUCCUCCUCAAGUGAAGAUAAAGCCCAAGCGCUCGUCCAAGGCUAUGGAGAGUAAACCACCUAGUCAACAAAAACCAUCCUUACAGCGUGAUCCUUGUUAUUGGGAACAUGUUAACAAUAGCCUCAAGCCAACACCUAACAAAGUCUCUUGUCCUCGAAACCGAACUCCUACACCACUAGCUCUGAAGUCAAACAAGAAGUCUAAGAAGAGCAACCAGUCCACCACCAGCAUAUACUUGGAUGAUUUGCCAUCUUUCUUCCAUCAAUAUAUAGAAAAAGUCAUAGAUGUUAUUCCAGAUGGUAAUUGUGGUUAUAGAUCAGUUGCUGCAUUGUUCAGACCCGACAUAGGUCAAGACGGUUGGCCUUUGAUUAGGGAAGAGUUGCUUGUAGAACUCUCAGAGAAUACCGCUUACUAUAGCAACAUAUUUGGUUACGAGAGGGUUCAGUCCCUACAAAAUCGUCUCAUCCUCCCGAUUGGUACAAAAGCAACUGAAGACAAGUGGAUGUCUCUACCGGAGAUGGGGUACCUCAUUGCUACGAGGUUUCAAGUUGUCUUCAUCUCCAUUUCACUAGACGGUUGUUACACUUAUCUGCCAUUGAGAGGAGGCGCCCCACCGGAAGUACAUCCCGUUAUAGCAGUUGGUCAUGUCACCAACCACUUGGUUCAGCUCAAGCUAAAGCCGGGACAUCCUAUGCCAACACUCGCUCCCCAAUGGCCGUUUUUGGCCAAAGAACCCACAGUCCAAUGGAUCAUCCCGUAUGCGGCGCGUUUGGCUACAUUUACGGCAGAAUUCAAUGCUUGGAUUGAUGCUACGGGUGGUCCUCAAGAGAAUGUCUUUAUAGACCUUGCAGAAGAUUGA